GAGUCAACGGUAGAAGAAGAAGAAAGACUUCCGGUCUACAUUGUAACAGUAUUUUGAUCCGCUAGCAAAUUCACCACCAAGGACAAAAAAUUCAGUAUUUCAUUGAUGUUUAGCUCAUAAUGGGUAAGCAGAAGUCUAUUUUCCACUUUUAUUUGAAGCAUUUAGCUUUUCGGGAUAGUUAAACAGCCGUUUGAAACACGUAUCUGUAGUCUUGUAGGUUGGAGGUAGUUCGCAUCAGGGUUUCCUUACAAACCCCUCAAAUGUUCGGUUAAAACAUUUCUGUAGAAAGAUAUACUUCUGAUUCUGUUAAUGCGUUUUGAACAGUGAACAUUUUUGGUGAGGUUUUACUUAAUUGGGCAGGUAUUUUAGUCGAUGAGGUUCGGGUCUGGGCUGGUUUCACUGAAGUGGGUUUUCUGUUUUAAGGUUUUUAGUUUCAGCUGUUUAGAGGAAAGUAAAAACUGUUCAGAGUUUAAGCAAAGGUACAUUUAACUGGUUUCACAUUCUCUUGGUACAUAUACACUCACCGGCCACUUUAUUAGGUACACCAUGCUAGUAACGGGUUGGACCCCCUUUUGCCUUCAGAACUGCCUCAAUUCUUUGUGGCAUAGAUUCAACAAGGUGCUGGAAGCAUUCCUCAGAGAGCUUGGUCCAUAUUGACAUGAUGGCAUCACACAGUUGCCGCAGAUUUGUCGACUGCACAUCCAUGAUGCGAAUCUCCCGUUCCACCACAUCCCAAAGAUGCUCUAUUGGAUUGAGAUCUGGUGACUGUGGAGGCCAUUUGAGUACAGUGAACUCAUUGUCAUGUUCAAGAAACCAGUCUGAGAUGAUUCCAGCUUUAUGACAUGGUGCAUUAUCCUGCUGAAAGUAGCCAUCAGAAGUUGGGUACAUUGUGGUCAUAAAGGGAUGGACAUGGUCAGCAACAAUACUCAGGUAGGCUGUGGCGUUGCAACGAUGCUCAAUUGGUACCAAGGGGCCCAAAGAGUGCCAAGAAAAUAUUCCCCACACCAUGACACCACCACCACCAGCCUGAACCGUUGAUACAAGGCAGGAUGGAUCCAUGCUUUCAUGUUGUUGACGCCAAAUUCUGACCCUACCAUCCGAAUGUCGCAGCAGAAAUCGAGACUCAUCAGACCAGGCAACGUUUUUCCAAUCUUCUAUUGUCCAAUUUCAAUGAGUUUGUGCAAAUUGUAGCCUCAGUUUCCUGUUCUUAGCUGAAAGGAGUGGCACCCGGCGUGGUCUUCUGCUGCUGUAGCCCAUCUGCCUCAAAGUUCGAACUGUGCGUUCAGAGAUGCUCUUCUGCCUACCUUGGUUGUAACGGGUGGUUAUUUGAGUCACUGUUGCCUUUCUAUCAGCUCAAACCAGUCUGGCUAUUCUCCUCUGACCUCUGGCAUCAACAAGGCAUUUCCGCCCACAGAACUGCCGCUCACUGGAUAUUUUUUCUUUUUCGGACCAUUCUCUGUAAACCCUAGAGAUGGUUGUGCGUGAAAAUCCCAGUAGAUCAGCAGUUUCUGAAAUACUCAGACCAGCCCUUCUGGCACCAACAACCAUGCCACGUUCAAAGUCACUCAAAUCACCUUUCUUCCCCAUACUGAUGCUCGGUUUGAACUGCAGGAGAUUGUCUUGACCAUGUCUACAUGCCUAAAUGCACUAAGUUGCCGCCAUGUGAUUGGCUGAUUAGAAAUUAAGUGUUAACGAGCAGUUGGACAGGUGUACCUAAUAAAGUGGCCGGUGAGUGUAUAUUACACGAGUGAUUCAGGGGUUUAUAGCUCACAUGAGUGUGAUGCAGAUGUCAAAUCUAUGAAACCACUUCCGAUCAUUAAGAUUUAGAUAUCAAUCAAAGUAGUCAGGAUUACGAUUUCUACCAUUAAUGAGCAGCUCGAGUGUAAAAGUAAAAAAAAGGGUGAAUUACUCAAUUUCUUCUCAGUUUAGAUAAAAGGUAAAGACUGGAAACUGUGCUAAUCCUUCAUGACUAACAUGACUCAAUCAUAGAAAAUCCUCAUUGACAGCUAAGAUACUCUUCCUUCCCCUCAAACAGCUGAACCCAUGGUUCAAACUGAAUCAGCAGCUAAAAGCAGUCCUGAAAAGAUGGGGUUUGAUCUGGGGAUAUCAGGACACUCCAGGGUGGGUUUAGGGGCAGAGUUCCUGAGGGAGGGGGCAGUGAUGGAGAACUCUGUCACCCCAGGUUUGGUGCUUGGUCCUGUAUGCUGUAGUUAGGAGGAUGGGAUCAGAGGAUGACUGCAAAACCAGGACAGACUCAAAAUAUUCAUGUUUGAAACAGAAAAAUCUCAUUUUAGAAACAGGUAUUAAAGUUUUCUGCUGUAUUUGGUGCCUCUUUUUCUUUGCAGCUGUGGCCAUGAGCUCACGAUGUCCGGGUCUGUACUGUGGCAGGAUCAUGGUCAACGGAUCGGUGGAGGGGGAGUGUGGAGUGAGUACUGAAUGAUAAAACUGUGUCGGACUGCUGGUGGGUAUGAGUGAGACUGAGACAUGAAGUUUAAUCCAAAUAAUGCUUGAAAAGACAUCUCAACUCACCACUCUGAACUAAACAGGUACAAAUGAGGUGAACCAUACUGAAUACUGGAAAUGUUCCUCCAACCUGAAAGGAAAGAGAACAGAUAGUAAUCAUGAUUAACAAAAGUAAAAUGCACACCAUGCCUCCUUCAUUUGUAAUCAGUAACUCAGUAAGUGUUAAAUGAUCCAGUCAUUAAAUGUCAGGAAGCCAGACACUUGUUUUUAUAGUGUAUCAAUGCAAUGUGCACCCAUUGUGAUGCAGCUGGAGAAAUAAAUUAUGUAGUGCUCGGGCCCCCCUUUAAUAGCACCUCUGUGAUUUCAAAAGAUAAAAAUGAACACAUGUUAUUACUCUUGCUGCAGCAGUUAGAAUUCUUGUCUGGUUUGGAUGAGAGAGUUUCUGAUCUCGCUAAUGUUUUCGGUCCGGUCAGGUCUGUCCUCGAGGAGAGCGUGCAAACCUGCAGAAGGUGUGCGAACGUUGCACAGAGGCUCCAGAGCUCUAUGACUGGCUGUAUCUGGGCUUCAUGGCCAUGCUGCCCCUGGUGCUGCACUGGUUCUUCAUCGAGUGGUACUCUGGGAAGAAGAGGUGAGGCAGCUCCCUCACUGAAGGUUUUAAUUGCUGCUGCUGAGCCAGAGUAUACUGUACACCGCUCUGCUUCAUUUAUGUCACUGAUCAGCUCUGAAAUUUGAUUCUGUGUGUCCUGUGUUUGAGAUGUUGUUGUACUUGUGUAUUUGACUUCAGAUUGUUCUGUGUCACUCUGCAGCUCCAGUGCUCUGCUGCAGCACAUCACGGCCAUGUUGGAGUGCAGUGUGUCAGCUGUGGUCACCCUGCUGGUCACAGAGCCAGUGGGCAUGCUCAGUAUUCGCUCCUGUCGGGUCCAGAUGCUGUCGGACUGGUACACGAUGCUAUACAACCCGAGUCCGGACUAUGUGAACACAUUACACUGCACACAGGAGGCCGUAUAUCCGCUGUGAGCACAGAAACCAACCCAACUGAGAAAAUCCUAAACUUAAAGAUGGCUAAUGAUUCUGAAAGAAUGCAGGAAUUGCAGCUCAGUCAUUCUUUUUUGACUCUCUCCUCUCAGCUACACCAUCGUGUUAAUCUAUUAUGCCUUCUGCUUGGUGCUGAUGAUGUUGCUGCGCCCUCUGCUGGUGAAGAAGAUCGCAUGUGGUCUGGGAAAAGCUGAUCGUUUUAAGAGCAUCUACGCCGCUCUGUACUUCUUUCCCAUCCUCACCGUGCUCCAGGCGGUCGGGGGAGGUCUGCUCUGUGAGUUUCAGAAGACACAAUGUUACAUUAAACUUCCAGUGAUGCAGAUGAUUCUUUUAAGUGAGGUGGUGUUAUUAUAGUUAAAGAUUAAUUUAGGGUCAAACACACCGUAACACUGAGUUAAGCCCCCCCCCAACUAAACUUGAGGUUUGUUUAUGGCUCCUCAGACCGCUGUGUAUUGCUAUCCUGCAGUUGUUACUAAAGUUGGUAUAACUAGAGAAGCAACAUUUGUCUCUGGAGGGGGUGUCUAACUUGGCGUUACGGUGUGUUUGAGUUCUCAGCCUUUGAGUUUAAAUACAGUAUUAAAGUGUUUGUAUGGACCUGUGCCGCUGGGAGUAAUCGCUCCUCCAUUUCAGAUUAUGCGUUCCCGUACAUCAUCCUGGUCCUGUCUCUGGUCACACUGGCUGUCUACAUGUCUGCCUCUGAGAUUCAGGUAACCAAACUCCUGUGCUCUGCUGCAUUUUUAUCAUGUUCAUGAUGAAACUCUUUUUUUCUUCCUCGGUACUAAUGAGUACCUGAGUUUUGACCAAAAUAACUCCUAGUUUAUGACUUCAAAAAGUAAUGUUGUCCGGAACAAAAGUGACACAUCAUAAAAAUGUCACCAUAGUCACUAAAGAUUAAGUCCCUACUGAGAAAAUCACAGUACAAAUAUGUAGGGAUCAGGAUCAAUUAAAAAAUCACUUCGAACUUUCAGAUCAAUAAUCUCUGAAACAAAAAUCCUUUUAUUUCUAAAAAAAAAAAAAAAGAAGAAGAAGAAACAUUCCCUUCAAUAUUUUUGAGGAACCAAAAGUCAAAAAAAUCAUUUCUGGUAUCUGUGUUUUAGAAACUUUUUAGAAUGAUGGGAUAUUUAGUUUGUGUCUCACCUGUUCAUGUCUGCGUGCUCACCUUCACUCUGCAGUCUUUUAAGCACCUGUUUGCCAAGAAGAAGCGUCUGGUCGUCCUCUUCAGCCACUGGCUGCUCCACGCCUAUGGCAUCAUCUCCAUCUCUCGCUUGGACAAGCUGGAGCAGGACCUGCCGCUCUUGGCCCUGGUCCCCGGCCCUGCCCUUUUUUACAUCGCCACGGCCAAGUUCACCGAGCCAAGCCGGAUCCUGUCUGAGGGCGGAAACGGGCACUGAACUCAUCGGCUUACAGAUCAAUCGUAAAGUAAAAUUAAACAGGUGAUUGAGCCAUAGAGGGAGCUGCAGCUGUGAGUCACUGAAUGAGUAAAAGGCUCACUUUAAGAGCUGAUGUGAUCAAAACAUCUGACCUGUCGCCUCCUUUUACUAGAAUCAGCUCAAAUAUUCUGUUUUCUGCCUUUUUAUGUCUCUCAGCAGAAAACUACAGACUGUCUCGGUCCGUCUCAGUUCAGGGUUCACAUGGCUGAAAUGUACCCUCCCUUUAAAGCUCCAGUGAUAAGUGAUAAGAUAGACUGAAGCUGAUAUUUAUGCAUCUUCGCACAUUUUAAGGCAGACAUGACCAUCAUCAAUAAGACUGAUCAUACCUCUGUAUCUAUGAACCUCUUCUGAGAAGUAGCUGCUGAAAAAGACUGUUUGUUUAAACUGCAAAAAUAAUAACUCAAACAGUAAUAUGUCAGACUUUUCAAAACACUACUUAUACAUGCACAGGACAAAAUCAGCAGAUUCAAAUGUACCACUUUGUCCACAGGAGGUGCCAAAAACCAACAUUAAACCAGUAGGUCCCCCCGGAGCUUUGAUGUAAAAGCCUUCAGAGAAACAGUUUGAUGUGCAUGUUUAUGCUUCCUGUACAGGUUCUUGUAAAUACAGUCAAUAUAUUAAAUGUAAAGUGUAGUUAAACCUGUUGAUUGUGAAGGAGAGACUCACUGAGUAGUCUGAGGAAAUGUACGGAAGCCCUGAGCGGACAUGCAUCGAUACAUUUCAUCUGUUUAACUGAGUUUGUUUCAGCGUUUUCUGAGAUGUUAUGGACCCCUAAUCAUACCUAUAAUCUCCAGGGUGUUCAAAGAUUUAUCUUAAUCAGGGUGAACAAGGUAGAUCAAUUGUUUGGAUGCAUGUCUGGUCAGGGCUUCAGUAAAAUUUACCUUCACAAAAUUUUUAUGUAUAUGAACACUCCCUGGACUUAACGACUCAAACUACCGUAAAAUCUGUAAUAUAAGCUCCAUCAAUACAGGCCCAAGUCUGUUUGUGAGCACCCCUCAGAGUUUAAAGGUCUAGAUUUCUCUCUUUGUGUUUAUGCCUGACUUUAAAAUGACAAGAAAAGGUCCAAAAGUACACCUUUACACCAAGUUUGACCUCUAUCAUUUUCCAUGUGUGUAAAUGACUGUAAAUAUCUGUAUACUUGUAAAUAUCACUGUGAUUGUGUUUUGAGGAUUUGCUGAUGCACACAGGUUCAAGUUCAUCUUAAACAUCAGUGAGCAGUAUUGAAACUUGACUGCACCUACAGGUGUACCUUCAGUUGAACUUGACUCUACAUGUUUUUGUCACCCUGAUGAGCUCAAACCACAAAUAUUUAUGAGUCUCCUAUAUAAAUCUUCUUAUCUCACACCUGCUGUGUCUCUGGUAUCAGUCUGUGAUGGAGUAUAAGGGUCAUGUCAGCAAAUUCAAACAGAUAAUCCUGCAAUAUAAUGUGUUUAACACCAUCUGCUGUAUAUAUGAUGUAUAAAUGUAUGAAAACAUUAAAUGGUUCAAAACAAACAGGAA